AUGUCCGUGUACUUAGAUGGUACUACUCUGUCAGCACUUUUGUUUACAAAUUUAAAUAGUAAUGGGUGUCAGUAUGGAUUUCUCACUGGAGAGAAAAUAGAACAAGUAGUGGGCAGAAUCAGUGAUUCUCAGAUACCUACGUAUGAUGUAAGCUCUUACAUAUAUAUAUCUUCAUUUGUUCCCUGGCCCAGUCAAGAAACACUAUAUAGUAGAGGCGGACAUAUAAAAGAGAAAUGGGUGAAGUCAUUUCUAACAGGUACAGAGCAAAAAUUAAUCGGGUGGUACAGUUUUCGACACAACACAGCUACCAGACCAUCUCUGAGGGAGAUAACCCUGCAUAACAGUUUAGCUACAUCAGAGAUGUGUGCAGCUGAACCCAAAGAUUUCCUGUUCUUUCUGUGCACUUCUUCUGUGUCACCAGACAUGUCCACUCAUACGUUCAGUCACGGCUUUAUGCAUGUCAUAGAUGGACACUUUGUCAGCAUCCCAAUGACUGUCAUGAACUUGGGCGACACAAUGAGGACAGAGUAUAAAAAUAGGAGCCCUCCGGCAGUCUCUCACAGUAAAACAGUUGCAGAAUCUUUACAUGGUUCCCAGAAACAUUUUGUGAAACCUUCAGGAGAAAUGGACCAGAUAACCAAAAUGAACCGUUUGGCAGUAUCCAUAAAUAAAUCUUUAAAGUCUGUACACUCCAAAGUGUUUGAGAGUGAAGCAGCAUUAGGUAUACUGGAGACCGAUGUUGGUCUUCUUAAACAGAAGCUUGAACUUUUAGAAGUGCAGGAAAGCAAAAGGAUGCAGAUAAAGGCAGAUAAACAACGACAUGGAGAAAAAAUGACACAGUUUCAACAACCGUCAACUAAUGGAAAAGAACAACUAGAGACAUUGCUUAUCAAUUUAGGAGUUUCUUCUGGUGAUAAGUCUGAUAAUGUCUGUUGCAGUAAUGUUUCUGGUAUGUACCCUGUGGCUGAUAAUUAUUGUUGUAGUAAUUUUUCUAGUAUGUACGCUACAGCUGAUAACAAUUGUUGUAGUAAUAUUUCUAGCCCAUACCCUGCAAAAUCAUUUUCACGUGACAGUUACUUUCUUGGUGAACAUUUUGAAAGCUUUCAGAUCAUUGGCCAAACUCCUUCACUAUCUGUGGAGCAUGGUGACGGAAACAGUGUUGACAUAAAUACAUACAGUGUUGUAAAUGAUGUGCCUGCCACAACAGUUUAUAAAUUUUCAGACUCAGAACAAGGAAUUGCAGCAGGGAUGAUGAAAAUGAAUGCUCAUGGCUCAAACAAACCACAGACAGUAAAGGAUAAAGUGGAAGAAGCCUUCUCAUUUCUUAAUGAUGAGAUAAGGUUGCAGAAAGAGACUAAUCCUCAAUUGAAUAAGAACAGUAAGUCAACCACAGUUAGUCCUCUGGGACAGAGGAAGAUUAACCCAACAUCAUUGAAGUCUGCAGAUUUGUUAGCCGUGCACAGUGGAAUGGGCAGUAAAAAGCUUGUGGCAGACAAUCUGGAAUUUGGCAGAAAAUAUGGAGAAAGCACAUCAACACACCCAAAAUGUGGAUACAACCCACGGCUUCAGUAA